AUGGCAAGCACAAAUGCUCUAACUGGGAGCUCGCUCUUCAAGCUGCAGGACAGAGUUGCCCUUGUCACUGGUGGAGGCUCUGGAAUUGGACUCAUGGCCGCACAAACUCUGGCUGCGAACGGCGCCAAGGUCUACAUCACAGGGCGGACCAAAGAGAAACUUGAUACAGCAAAGUCGCAGCAUUUCGGCAGCGACAAUGAUAAAGUCAUUGCUAUUACAGCAGACGUCACCUCUAAGGAAGGGAUACAAGCUCUCGUCAAGGAAGUCGAGUCUAAAGAGAAAUGCCUCUGCAUUCUCGUCAACAACGCAGGCAUCUCGGAGGACUCCCACCCAACGGCUGAAGUCAGCUCAGCGUCAGAAAUGCGAGACGCUCUGUUUCAGAAAUCCGAUUUCGAUAACUGGAUUAACGUCUACCGAACCAAUGUCGCGGCUGUAUACUUUACUACAGCUGCAUUUCUUCCACUGCUCCAGGCAUCAAGCGAGAAACAUCCCGGAUGGUCGGGUACGGUUAUCAACAUCACCUCCAUCUCGGGAUUGGUUAAAACAUCCCAGCAUCAUUUCAGCUACAACGCAUCAAAGGCAGCGGCGAAUCACCUGACCCGUAUGCAGGCUGCAGAAAUUGACGCUGCAGGAUUGAAGAUCCGCGUGAAUGGCAUCGCGCCGGGUGUGUUCCCUAGCGAGAUGACGACCGGAGAGAGCGACGAGAAGCAGAAGAGCCAGAUACCAAAAGAGAAGUUCGAGGGCAAGGUGCCAGCUGCUCGGCCUGGAAAAGAUGAGGAUAUGGCGUCGGCGGUUCUAUUCAUGGCUGGCAACCAAUAUGUCAAUGGACAGGUAGUUGUUGUUGAUGGUGGUUACACCAUUUCGGCGGGUAUGUAG